CGCCCUGACGUUUUUUCAUUGAAGAAGAAAGACGGUCUUAGCAUACCGUCUUCGGAAGAAAUUCGAUCAUGUCGACUAAACUGACCAAGCUUUUUGUCGGAGGACUCAACGUGGAGACCACAGACGAUGGCCUUCGCAAAUACUUCGAGCAGUACGGAACACUCGAUGACUGCGUUGUGGUGAUGAACCAGCAAUUCGGACGGUCCCGCUGUUUCGGCUUUAUCACCUACUCUACACCAGAGGAAGCCGACGCAGCAAUGGCGGCUAACCCACAUGUCGUCGAAGGCCACAAUGUGGAACUGAAAAGGGCCAUCUCCAGAGAGGAUGCUAAUAACCCGGACAUCCUCGCCAAUGUGAAGAAAAUUUUCGUCGGUGGUGUGAAAGAUCACAUCGAGGCGGACAACCUGACCGAAUACUUCUCCCAGUUCGGUGUGGUGGAGAAGGCCGAAAUCAUCUCAGACAAGCUGACGGGCAAGAAGAGAGGCUUCGGCUUUGUCUUCUUCGAGGACACCGACUCCGCCACCAAAGCGGUGCUGACCAGGUUUCACACUAUCGGCGGAAACAAGGUGGAGGUGAAGAAAGCUCUGACCAAGCAGGAGAUGUCCACCGGUGGCCGAGGUGGAAGGGGGCGAGGAAGAGGGAUGUAUAACUAUGGCGGCGGAAGAGGAGGAGGAGGAGGUGGCAGCUACGGAGGGGGCUACGGCGGCAAUUACGGAGGUGGCUACGGCUAUGGCGGCGGUUACAACGGUGGUGGUGGCGGAGGAUACGGGGGAUAUGGGGGAUACAAUGAAUACGACAGCCAGAUGGGGGGCGAAUACAGUAAUGGUGACUUUGGGGAGGGCUACGAACAGCAGCACUCCAGUUAUGGUGCAAUGAAGGGGAACGGCUAUUCCUACAGGAGCGGGGCUCCUUACAAUAGAGGCGGCGGCGCUGGUGGCGGCUACGGCAGAGGUGGCGGAUAUGGCGGUGGCUAUUAGUAGCUCCCUCAAGUUUUGAAAUGUUCACGGGGACGAUUCAGAUUACAACGAACUUGAAUUUUCAAACACGUAUAACAAAGCCCAGUUGGGGUGAGGGGGUCAGUUUGAAGGGAACGGUGCCCAUCACCCACAAAGAAUGAAUGAAACUGUCCCCUGGAUCCUGCCCCCCACCCCGCUCACCCGGACCCCAUUUGUCCUCUUAUUCCACACAUAAUGUAUUUUAUGUACUACUAAGAAUGGUGAAUUAAUGAAUUGUGCUUCUGGUAUAAUGAAAAGACUUGUUUUGAACCAAUUGCAAGGCUGUAUUUAAUGUCAGUCACUGCUUCUCAACUCAGAAUCGAGUUUGUUUGUCUUGCAAACCAGCCAGAUUUGUCUGUUAUUUUUGCAUCAUAAACUCAGGGUUUUCAGUAGAGUUGGUGGCAGUGUCGGGCAGCAUGGGACUCGAUUGCUUAAUUUUCUUGAUCUUAAAACACAUGACAAAGGUUUUUUUUUUUUUUGAGACAUGUCACGGACUGUUUCGUCAGUUGUAAAUUACUUUUUCCACUUUUGCCGUCCCAUCACAGGCUUUUUUUUAAAGAUUAAAAUUGUUUAAACUACAUGUGUUCACCCCUAUGUUUAUUCUGCUUUUAUUAAAGUUUUUAAUGUUUUGAA